AUGCAAAUAGAAGUUUCCUCCUACUCGUCCGAAAAAGGCAGUCGUGCGCCGUCACCAUCAAAGGAACCAGACGAGGCAAAAGCAAAAGCAAAAGAAUCACCAACCAAAAGACCCUCUAAGAAGUCUCCUUACUUUUCUUCUUCUACUCCGACAGAGCCUAGUCGUUCUUUCCCAGAACAGCCCGCGGACCCCACCACCACCACCAUCUCCUCGUCCAACACCGGCACCAAAACCGCCAAAAAAUCACCAUAUUUCACUACUUCUCCACGCAAACCUGCUCCUCCGUCCUCUUUAUCCCCUCCAUCAUCCUCUGCGUCCCAUGCAUCCCCCAAGAAAUCCAGAAAACCCAAAGAAUCCAACAACCCCUGCUUGACCGCCGGCGACCCACUCUCCUGUAUCCCCUUCCCACCCCUAACCUCCCCAACAUUCGGCCUCAUCCAAGAAAAAUACGCGCACGAUCCAUUCAAGCUUCUCGUGGCCGUAACCUUACUCAACCGCACCAAAGGCAUCCACGCCAUCCCCGCCUUUUACGCACUCAUGCAGCGGUACCCCACUCCCCACGCCCUCGCUGCCGCCGACGAAGCCGACGUCGCCAGCCUCAUCCAGCAUCUCGGUCUCCAUAAUACCCGCGCCAAACGAUACGUCCAGCUGGCUAAAACGUGGGUUCAAGAUCCUCCGUGCCCGGGAAGACGCCAUCGUAAGCUCCAUUACCCGAACCGAGGCGACGGUAGAGAUAUCAAACCCCGCGAGGUAGUCCCCGAUGAAGAUACGGAUCCGCGUAAUGGAGCGUGGGAGGUUGCCCAUUUGCCUACCACGGGGCCAUAUGCGAUUGAUAGCUGGAGAAUCUUUUGUAGGGAUGCCUUACGCGGGAAAGCGCCAGAUUGGAAUGCUGGGAAGGUCGAUGUCGGUGGUGGUGGUGGCGAUGCUUCUUCUUCAGCAGCAGCAGAUGAUGGAGGAGGAGGAGGAGGAGGAGGAGGAGGAUCUGCAGUCCCUCUCUCCUCUCCCCAUGUCCCUGUCGUCCCAGACCACGACUCAAGGUCUUCGAUGCCACGAGUGGACCUGAACCUGAACCUGAGCCCAGAUUCGGUUCCAGACCUAGUUUCCAAUUCAGAUCCACAUCCACAUCCACAUCUACAACCUCCUCUUCCCACGCAUGUUCCCGCAGCUGUCCUUGUCCCUCCACAUUCUUUGACUCCCUCACAUUCUCUCGCCGUUUCAACUCCUCCAGCACCUUUCGAUCCUUUACCCCCUUCACUUCCCUCCGAUCCCUUGGAACCCCCCGUAGCUCCGGCUCCGUCUCCAGCUUUCGAACCAGAAUGGAAACGCGUCCUGCCCGCAGACAAAGAACUCUCUGCCUUUCUGCGCUGGAUGUGGCUCAAGGAGGGAAUUGAAUGGGAUCCGCGUACUGGUAACAAAAGGCCUGCGUCUAGGGAGGUUAUUGACCGGGCUACGAGAAGUGGUGGUCAGAUUGUUCUUGACGAGAUGGGUUUGGAUGGGACGCGGAAGAUGGAGCAGGAGCAGGAGCAGGAGCAGGAGCAGGAGCAGAUGUGGGAACAGAGAGGGGGUCAGGAGCAGGAGACUCAGCCGGAGAAGGGUGUCGGUGAAGACGUGGAUCCGCUUGAGGGUGCGCCACGAGAUGCGAAAGGUGAUGUGAAUGACUAG